AUGUAUGAAACAAUGCAGCCUUGCUGUAAUCCUCCUGUUGCCAGAGCCUGGGAGGAUGCUGGACUUAUCUUGUCUACUACUAGCAACGAAGCCUGUAAGCUAUUUGAUGCUGCAUUGACCCAGUAUGCAACCUGGACCGAUAAUGAGAAUCUAGGAGGUAUAGAGGGAUGUCUCUCCAAGUUAAAAGCAGCAGAUCCAAAUUUUACAAUGGGGCAUGUCAUCGCUAAUGGUUUGGAGCUGAUUGGCACUGGAAGUUCAGUGCGGCUCAACAAAGAGCUGGACAAUGCAAUGAGAACAAUGAUGACACUCUCAAAAUCACAGCCACUGACUGAGCGGGAGAAGCUUCAUGUAUCAGCACUGGACAUGUUUGCAAGUGGCCAGCUUCCAAAAGCUUGUGACCUAUGGGAACAGAUUCUGCAGCGCCACCCAACUGACCUGCUAGCCCUCAAAUUUUCCCAGGACACUUAUUUCUACCUUGGAUAUCAUGUACAGAUGCGAGAUUCUGUUGCCCGGGUUUAUCCUUUCUGGACACCUGAUGUUCCUCUCAGCAGCUAUGUGAAGGGCUACUACGCUUUUGGACUGAUGGAAACAAACCUCUUUGAUCGUGCUGAAGAGCUUGCUUGUAAGGCCUUGGCUGUGAAUAAGACAGAUGCGUGGUCUGUUCAUACUAUAGCACACAUAAAUGAAAUGAAAGCAGAGGUGGAGAAAGGGUUAGCAUUUAUGAAAGAAACAGAAACCAACUGGAAGAACAGUAAUAUGCUUUCUGGCCAUAAUUACUGGCACUGGGCUUUAUAUUUUAUUGAAAAGGGUGAAUAUGAGGCUGCUUUGACAAUUUACGACAAUCAUAUUGCUCCCCGGUAUCUGUUGAGUGGAAGCAUGCUGGAUAUUGUAGAUAGCUGUUCUAUGCUGUACCGACUUCAUUUGGAAGGUGUAAAGCUUGGAAACAGGUGGGACAAUGUUCUGAAGCUUACAAAGAAGCACACCAAUGAUCACAUUCUCCUGUUUAACGAUGUACACAUCUUGAUGUCCUCGCUUGGAGCCAAAGACCACAAAACUACUGAUGAGCUUUUAACAACUCUUCAGGAACAUGCCAAAACACGUUGUGAAGAACAUGAGCUCUCCCUGGCUCCAAGUCUGGGGUUGCCACUAUGCCAGGCUUUUGUAGAGUUUGAAAAUGGAAAUUGUGACAAAGCUGUAGACCUGCUGUACCCAAUCCGUUACCAAUUAAUCCAAAUAGGAGGCAGUAAUGCUCAGAGAGAUAUUUUCAGUCAAUUAUUGAUCCAUGCUGCUUUAAAUUGUAAAUCACAAGCCAAACAAAACCUUGCUAAAUGCCUCCUGAGAGAACGUGAUGUGAUGAGACCAAAUUCACCAAUGACGGAGCGACUUAUUAGGAAGGCAGCAGCUGUACAUUCAAUGGCCUAGGUCUUUCCUCUGUGCUUCAGAUGAAAUGGCAAUGAGCUUACCAAUCAGCAUUUGGGUGGGGGGACUUGCUGCACUGUAAACCAUGCUAAAGCUUCAUGGUAGGUAAGAGCACCCUAGGUAGGUAAGAGCAAUUGGAGAUCUGACAAUGAUUUUUUUUAAAGUUACAGAACUAUUGGGUUUCAGGAGGUUAUAACUUAGCUUAUUCCAUAUAUGGGAAUAAGCUCACCUGCUGAUAAUGCACAGCUUUCUGAAGCAUCCUGGGAUACUGCUUUUCUGGUACUUUUUCUUGAAAACUCCCUUGUAGCCUGAUUAUGGAGAUGUGUGUAGGAAAUAUGGUAACAGUGCCUGGUUUUCAGUCAGAUAUUGGCCCAGAUUGCUACUUUGUUAAUUGAUAUAUUAAAUAAUCAAUAAUCUGUUCAGGUAAUUCAAAUAGACUUUUUAAGCAUAGCUAAUAGAAAGUAAGGAGCCAAAGCCAGUACAAGCAUAAACUGAAUUCCAUGCAAAGCUUCCAGUCAUCUGAGCAUGGGUCACAGACCCUCGCAUUACAGACCUGUCUGCAUUCAGGAGAUUCAUAUUUUUUUACGCUCCCUCCCAUAAAAUGUUAGGCUUUUUGCCUUAAACAAAGGGCCUUAGAGCUUUCUGAAAUUACUGUGUGAAUAAAACCAGACAUGAGGGACAAUGGCUGGCUGCUGCUUGGGAAUAUAUAAUGGGGGUAUUCCUUUGGCACUUUCAGAUCUUUCAGAAAAAAGAAAAAGGCUGGAUUUUUCUCCUUAAGCAGUGGUAUUUCUGAAUGCUAGUUUGGACUAGUGUUUUUGUGCUUAUUUCAGCUUUUGGAAAGUCAGGCCUUUCUGCAAUCCGAACAGCACCAAGUCACUACAUGUUAGCAAAGUAUACUUCAAAACCACUAUCAUAGCAUGCACUUUAUGGAACACUUGAGCUAUCUCAGUAUGGGUGAAGACUGGAAGGGAGCUCCCAUGAAGAGAGAGAGCUAACAGGAACUGACACAAAGCUUUGUCCUCAUGUAAGUGGGGUGAUAACAAGCUCUGGUGCUGCAAAGGGGAAGGGUAUGAGCCACUUACCUCUAUAGAGUUCUGAUGCCUGUGAAUUCCUGCAGUACAGCAAAGGUAACAGAUUGUCUUGCAAUAGUAAACCAAAAUCCCUAAUGAAGGGAAAGAAGAUAGCAUUCCAAACCAAAACUCAUCUUGUUUCUGAAUGGAAAUACCACUGUCUUCAGGUGCCUGAGCUCUGGCUUCUGUAUCACAUAUGCAGCCUCUCCUGGACAGACAUGCCUCUCCUUCCUUCCUGUCCAACUCAGGCUCUUGCCUGGGUCCCACAGCAGCCCCCUCUCAUGUAUAGCUUCUUCUGACCCUACAUUGCUCACACUGCACUGUGCUGCACUUGGAGUUCCUGCAUAGAGGCUUAAGACCCAAAAGUGUCUUGCCACCACCCUUCUGCCCCAGCCGUCUUUUGAGAAAGGAGUAGACAGCUUAUUUUUAAACCAAUGAUAACUUGUGAAGCCAGACAAGGGUACUUCAGUCCUUGCCUGUAGCCUUUUGAAUCCUGCAGGUAGUUGUAGUUCCCUGUUCUUCAGGUACAUCACUGCUCUGUGUAUCUAUCUGGCCAUGGCCAUGCUUUUGGCUCAGCGUGUGCUACAGUUACAGUAAUCUUUUUACUAUUGAUUUUUAACCAGUGCAUUUAUAACAAUGAUUUUAGACAAAUAACUUUUUACUCAAGGAAUGUAACAAGUCUCCUAGGGAACAAAAACCAGAGAAAACUGCUGGCUGUUUAUGAAGUAUGUAUUUGUGUAAGUGAUCCAUGCUACACAAAUGUAACAAUGACAUUUAUAGUAUUUUUGAUAUAAUGUGAUUUAAAACUUAGCCUGCUUUACAUCAAUAAAUUCAGAUAUGCUUAAUUCAGUGCAAGUAAAUGACUACUUUGCUUGUAGUGAGGAACUUUUUAGAUGUGUUGUUAAACUAUAGGUUUACAAACUUAACUCUUUUCAUGGGUAUAACUAGAAGCUUUUGCAUUCAAUUAGUACUUUACAUUUUGUUGUAGAUGAGCACUUCUGAUUUUCUGCCUUACCUUCCCCUUCUUACUUUUAUAUAAAAUAUUCUAGCUAUU